CCGAGACUCCUUCCAGUGGGAUGAUCUGGGCAAGAUGACCUACUUGACCAUGUGCAUCAAGGAGAGCUUCCGCCUCUACCCGCCUGUGCCCCAGGUGUCCCGCCAGCUCAGCAAGCCCGUCAGCUUCGUGGAUGGCCGCUCCCUACCCGCAGGCAGCCUGGUCUCUCUGCACAUCUACGCCCUCCAUAGGAACAGUGCAGUGUGGCCCGACCCUGAGGUCUUUGACCCCCUGCGCUUUUCCUCUGAGAAUGUGGCCAGGCGCCACCCCUUUGCCUUCAUGCCCUUCUCCACUGGGCCCAGGUAAGGAGAGGCCCAACCUCCCCAGACAUGAG